CUGAAACAUGCAGAUCUCUUACCCGACCUCAGCGUUCCUCAUUGCUUUUCUCUGCAGUCUGCUGUCCUCCCUUUCAGGCCUGAUUGUGAGAUAUCCACGUGAACCGGUGGAGGAGAUGGAAGGCCGUGUGCUGUCUUUCAAGUGCAGAUUGGAGUACAAGACAGAGAAUUGUGAUAUUUCUGCCAAAUGGUGGCGUGUAGAAAGCGAGACAAUUUCUGAGCCCAUUACAGACACAAACAGAUUUCUAAUCACAGUUAAUGAAACAAAAAAAGAUGAACAAAGGCACAGGGACAUUGUCUUGACAUUCAAGUCCUUGAGUAUUGCAGAUCGGGGCUAUUACCAGUGUAAUGCCAAAUGUCUCAACAGUGGAACUGUCGGAAAAGGCCAUGUCCUGACCCUUAAUGUUAAAGCAGAUCCACACAAAGGUCUGAAGGCCUCAGCAUGGAGUGGAAAGUUAAAGACUGACGUGACUGUGCUUGUGCUCAGCAUUGUGUUAUUUGUAUGGUAUAAUUAAAUGACAUUGUGUUUUUAAGGAUUGAUCAAUAGCUAUGAGAUAUACUGUAUUGUGGCCAAUAUAUAUAUCUUCAUCUUUUAUUCUGACAUACUACAUUGUGAAUUAAGGAUGUCAAUUUCUAAAAAUUCCCAAGGUUAAUCUUUAUUUAAAUGAACAGUUAAUUGAUAAAUUGCCAACCUAAACAAUGCAAAAUGUUAAUGGGCUAGGAUGUAAGCCCAUUAAUGGGGUUGCAUUUUAA